AUGCCGAUCCGCCUUUUGCCGCGCCUUGGCCAGCCGCCGCUGGAGCACCUGGUCUGCGGCACCGCCUACUACUGCGCGCCGGAGGUGUGGUUUCACGACUACUCUCCCAGCGUGGAUAUUUGGGCAGCAGGUGUGGUAUUGUACCUGGCACUCUUCGGUCAGUUCCCCUUCCAUGACCGCGACCCAUCGCGCUUGGAGGUGCUGAUCUGCGAGGAGGACAAGGAGCCUGCCUACAGGCCAAUUUGUGCCCAAGACCAUCCUGGCUACCAGGCCUCAAAUGUGGCCAUCGCUUGCGUCAAGCAGCUGCUGACAAAGGCUCGCGAGGAUCGACCGGAUGCGACCGCUGCACUGGCGAUGGAAUGGCUCGCAGCUGCGCAAGCGGACAGGAGCCUUGAGUGCCAGGGCCCCAGCGGGCAAAGCUUGAGAUGA